UUCACCUCAAAAUUUGAAAAAAAAAUUUUUUUCCGAUUUUUCGCUCAAAUAUCCGCAUUCAUAUCCUAUUCGUUCCGACUUUCAGUAAUUCCAUCAUUGAGAUGAAACGAGGUACGUGAUUGGCCCAUCGCUCUGUAACAACCAAUGAACGCGCUUGUUAGAUAGCUGUACGUAAGCUCGCUUCAAACAGAGUUGAAAGAUGGCAGCCUCCGUGAUCGAGCGUAAAGAUGCAAAUCGAGUUAAAGAAAUCGACAGAAUAGUGAAAAACAAGUUCCGCUGGGAAUGGUUGGAGAAAGAGGUUGCUACAGACGUUGGACAUAAUACCGUGAGACAUUUGUUCAGGUCGGGGCGGAUCGUCUCUCGCUCAGUGGGAGAGAGAGAUGGCGUGCUUGCUGGAGGCCCCUCUACGCAUCAGCGUGUUAUCUUUCAAGCUGAUUCCUUGGAGGUGCCUGAAAACAUGUCUGUCAGCGUCCAUGAAAACCGCAAGUCAAGGACUAGCACAGGCUCCAUGAACAUCUCGCUGUUCCACAAGCCUUCGCAUCCCGACAGUGUCCUGACGCACCUCAAUACCCUGCGCAAACAGUGCAUGUUUACAGACGUGACCUUAUGGGCUGGAGAUCGUUCCUUUCCUUGCCAUCGAGCAGUUUUGGCAGCUUGCAGCCGCUACUUUGAAGCGAUGUUCAGUGGAGGCCUCCGUGAAAGCCUGGACAGUGAUGUCAAUUUCCGUGAUAGCGUGCACCCAGAGGUUCUGGAGCUACUUUUGGACUUUGCUUACUCAUCACGGGUCAUUAUUAACGAGGAGAAUGCAGAAUCGCUUCUCGAAGCUGGAGAUAUGUUGCAGUUCCAUGAUAUCCGCGAUGCCGCAGCAGAGUUCCUUGAAAAGAACCUUCACUCAUCUAACUGCCUGGGUAUGAUGCUUCUGUCGGAUGCUCAUCAGUGCAAGCGCCUGUAUGAACUCUCGUGGAGGAUGUGCCUGGUUCACUUUGAAGCUGUUCGGGACACUGAGGACUUUUAUGGGUUGUCUAAAGACAAGCUUUUAGACCUUAUACUCAGCGAUGAGCUGGAGAUCGAGGAUGAGCAGAUUGUCUUCAAUGCGGUCAUGCGCUGGGUCAGGUAUGAUUUAGAUAGUCGCAGAGACUACCUCCCUGAGCUUCUUCGGGGUAUCCGUCUUGCUCUUUUGCCUUCAGAGUGCCUCAUCGAGGCUGUGGCUUGUGAGGAACUGGUUAUGUCAGACAAGCGGAGUCGACAGAUUGUUGAAGAGGCCAUCCAAUGCAAGAAGAAGAUUCUGCAGAAUGAUGGAGUCGUCACCAGUCCGUGUGCAAGGCCACGCAAAGCUGGUCACACGUUACUCAUUCUUGGAGGGCAGACCUUCAUGUGUGAUAAGAUCUACCAAGUGGAUCAUAAAGCAAAAGAAAUCAUACCCAAGUCAGACUUACCCAGUCCAAGAAAGGAAUUCAGCGCGUGUGCCAUUGGAUGCAAGGUCUAUGUGACUGGAGGAAGAGGCUCAGAAAACGGCGUGUCAAAAGAUGUUUGGGUAUAUGAUACGGUCCAUGAGGAAUGGUCUAAAGGUGCACCCAUGUUAAUUGCACGCUUUGGUCAUGGAUCAGCAGAACUGGAAAACAGCCUGUAUGUAGUCGGAGGUCACACUGCUAUUGCCGGCAUCUUUCCUGCUUCCCCUUCUGUAUCUUUGAAACAAGUAGAACGUUACGACCCUCUAACCAACAAAUGGAGCAUGAUGGCGCCGCUCAGAGAUGGUGUGAGUAAUGCGGCAGUGGUCAGUGCUAAGCUAAAGCUGUUUGUUUUUGGUGGGACUACCAUCCACAGGGACAAGGCUUCCAAAGUCCAGUGCUACGAUCCUCUAGAGAACCGAUGGACCAUAGCAGCAGAAUGUCCUCAACCUUGGCGGUAUACCGCAGCUGCUGUGUUGGGAAGUCAAAUUUUCAUCAUGGGUGGUGAUACGGAGUUUACCGCUGCUUCUGCUUACCGAUUUGACUGUGAAACCAACCAGUGGACGCGUGUAGGAGAUAUGACGUCUAAAAGGAUGAGUUGUCAUGCUGUAGCCUCGGGGAACAAACUGUAUGUCGUCGGAGGCUACUUUGGGACACAGCGGUGUAAGACACUGGACUGCUACGAUCCAACAUCAGACAGCUGGAACAGCAUCACUACAGUGCCUUAUUCGUUAAUUCCUACUGCCUUCGUUAGCACCUGGAAGCACCUGCCUGCCUAGCAGUCUCAAAGUGACAAGAAUGGACUUGAAAUGGGUGUCCACGUGUGUGUAUAAACAGCCAUGACUGCGCUUCUAAUAAUCACCUGGAUAAAGAAGUGAAGCGUGAGCCGACUCUCUGGUCGCUUCUCCUGGACUGAAAUGUAGCACACAGUGGAUGAGUUCCCAAACACACCCCGAUCUCUCACACGCCCCCCCACCUCUCACACGCACCCUGACCUCUCACACGCACCCCAAUCACACCCCGACCUCUCACACGCACCCCGACCUCUCACACGCACCCCAAUUUCACCCCGACCUCUCACACGCACCCCGACCUCUCACACGCACCCCAAUCUCACCCCGACCUCUCACACGCACCCCAAUCUCACCCCGACCUCUCACACGCACCCCGACCUCUCACACGCACCCCGAUCGCACCCCGACCUCUCACACGCACCCCGAUCUCACCCCGACCUCUCACACGCACCCCGAUCUCACCCCGACGUCUCACACGCACCCCGAUCUCACCCCGACCUCUCACACGCACCCCGAUCUCACCCGCACCCCGAUCUCACCCCGACCUCUCACACGCACCCCAAUCUCUCACACGCACCCCAAUCUCACCCCGACCUCUCACACGCACCCCGAUCUCACCCCGACCUCUCACACGCACCCCAAUCUCUCACACGCACCCCGAUCUCACCCCGACCUCUCACACGCACCCCAAUCUCUCACACGCACCCCGAUCUCUCACACGCACCCCGAUCUCACCCCGACCUCUCACACGUACCCCGAUCUCACCCUGACCUCUCACACGCACCCCGAUCUCUCACACGCACCCCAAUCUCUCACACGCACCCCAAUCUCACCCCGACCUCUCACACGCACCCCGACCUCUCACACGCACCCCAAUCUCACCCCGACCUCUCACACGCACCCUGACCUCUCACACGCACCCCAAUCUCACCCCGACCUCUCACACGCACCCCAAUCUCUCACACGCACCCCGAUCUCUCACACGCACCCCAAUCUCACCCCGACCUCUCACACGCACCCCGACCUCUCACACGCACCCCAGUCUCUCACACGCACCCCGACCUCUCACACGCACCCCAAUCUCUCACACGCACCCCGACCUCUCACACCGACGUGUGGGGAAAUGGUGAUGAAAGGUUUCUGGAAAGUGGAAACUCUGCCACAUUUCACUUGAAAAUGCAUGUUUUGUUUGUUUUUCUUGGUGAUUCAGGACCCUCCUGUACUACUUCUAGAAUUUAAAAAAAAAAAAAAAACUGUGAAGCAAAAGUGAAACUUGUUGAAACUCAGCAGCACAACGUUCUCAAGAACUUCCUGGACUGUUUUUUGGUUACUGAAGAAAUGCGAAUUUGAGAAACAGAUGAUGACGACUUUGCACAGACUCGGAGCUGAUGAGGGUUUAACUUUAAAUCAAACUUUAUUUCUCUGAAUAUGUGUGAAGAUUAAAAUGCACCGAUAAUCGAGUGUACGAUACAUCGCGAUAUUGAACACUGGUUUGAAAGUAAUCACAUGAUCUUCAGCAGCAUUGUGCAGUCACCUCAUCAUCUAGGUUUAUCACCUGAAGCUGUGUUAAGCUCCGCCCCCUCUGUAUUUCCAUUGGUUUUAACCCAUUUCCCCUCUCGCAGUUGAUCCUGCCUCUCGCUGGACUCUGAUGUUCUCCUUGUAACAGGAAAAAUAUUCUGAGACCCUUUGCUGUGAACAUUUGCAGCGCAGCUUGUAAAAUAUAGAAUAUUUGUAAAUAAUGUUAAAGUUUGUAAAAAUGUUUUAAAUCCUCGUGACCCUUAACGAGACACUACAGAGUUUUGUUUACUGUUAAUGUGUCCUGGACACAAGUAACAUCAUCGGCUCGAUUUUUAACAAUAUGAAGUAAUGAUCAUUAGGGUUGCAAAGGGGUGGAAAGUUUCCGGGAAUUUUGAAGGGCCCAGGAAUAUUGGGAAUUUGGGGGAAUUUUCAUUUUUGCCAUUUAUUAAGUUUUAAACAUUUUAAAACAUUUCAUCACCCAGAAAAACAAAUUAAAACCCAUGUUAAGCCUUUCUUUCAAUUAUGUACUGUUUUGUGCUAAUUAAGAAUAGGACAUAUUGCUAAAGUCCAAUUAAUAAAAGGCUUUUAGUUUUUCAAUAUUAGUAUUCAGAUUUUCAAUGAAAAAUUAUUCUCAAUCUUAAUUAGGGAUUUUUCUUCAAAUAAAGCAUCUUGCCAUUCUUACAUUUUGUGGGAAAUUCCAAGAUGCUAAAUAUAAAAACAUUUAAUAUAAUAACAGUUCCCUUUGGUAAGAAUUAACUGGAACUCUAACGCUACGUUCACACUGCAAGGCUUAAUGCUCAAUUCCGAUUUUUUUGUGAAAUCCGAUUUUUUUGUGAGGUCGUUCACAUUAACAAAUAUAUGCGACUUGUAUGUGAUCCUCAGUAUGAACGAAAAGCGACCUAAAAGUGUUCCGCAUGCGCAUUGCAGGAUACGACGACGUCACACGCAGUGAGCAUGGCCAGUGUUUACGGAAGUAAAACCGCCCGGUUGCGGUAUGACCCAUCCAAUCUAGCUUGAAUAGCUGCAUCCCCCCAAAUGGAAAUCCGCUCCCUAACCUCUGCAUCCUUCCAUUGAGAAGAUUCAGAACCUUCACAGCCCGAAGCGUCCCUCGCAUUGAUGUCAUGCGCAGGGGCGCAGAUACGUUUUUUGAA